CAACCUAUAAAAGCUGGUCCAGAGCCAAUCCUCCCGACAAGAUAUCAGCUUCUGUCAUAGGGGCGGACCGUACAGGGGUUUGUGUGUGUGUUUGAGCCUGGGAUUAGGGAAACUGCGGCGAUGGCGGGAUGUUCAUGGGGAUACGGACCCAAAAACGGUCCAAGUCAUUGGCAUGAAUUGGGAUUCCCCUUAGCGAAGGACGGUACCCGCCAAUCACCCAUCGAGAUCAAAAAUGAGGAAGCCAAGUACGACUCGAACCUGAAGCCACUGACUCCUAGCUAUGAUCCAUCCAGCUCGCAAAGUAUUUGCAACACGGGCAACUCUUUCCAGGUGGAUUUCGACGAUUGCACAGACAAAUCAGUGCUGACAGGUGGCCCCCUUUGUGGAAAAUACAGGCUACGUCAGUUCCACUUCCACUGGGGAGCUUGUGAUACUCAGGGCAGUGAACAUGUAGUUGAUGGACAAAAUUUUGCUGGAGAGCUUCACCUGGUGCAUUGGAAUGCAGAAAAGUAUAGUGAUUUUGGUGAGGCUCUUAAAGCACCUGAUGGUUUGGCUGUCAUCGGUGUCUUCCUAAAGGUACGUGAUGCAAAUCCAGCUCUGCAGAAGAUUGUCAGUUUACUGGACAGCCUUAAAUCAAAGGGUGCUAAAUGUGACUUUAAAGACUUUUCUCCUUGCUCUCUGCUGCCUCCUUGUCUCCAAUAUUGGACCUACCUAGGAUCCUUGACCACUCCUCCCCUGUGUGAGAGCGUAAUCUGGCUUGUGCUUAAGGAACCUAUUGCCAUUGGUGCAGAUCAGAUAGCAAAGUUCCGCUGUCUGCAGUUUGGACCUGAUGAACCCAUGCAAAACAACUACCGAUCUCCCCAGCCUCUGAAAUACAGGGAGAUUCAAAAAAACUUUGAGUAAGGGUUUGAAUACAGUCAUCAGCUUGCCUUUCGGAACUGCCCCUGUCUAGCCUGAGUAGCAGUAAAUAACUUCCCCUCACCCAUCACCACUCCUUACUUGGUCAGAGUGGACAAAUAGGCAGACAACAUCUUUUAAGCACAAGUUGAUAAAAUUGGGGCGUCCAGAUUGGUCUAAGCCGCCCCUGGAUUGUUAUCGUGUUCCUGGAUCUUCACGAGCCUUGCCAUUUAACAAAAAAUCUGAAGCAAUCAUUUCUUUUCUUGAAAAUAAAAACAUGAAGGCAGUCUGUAAUUUAGUGAAGGACUAAUCUGUAGCACUGAAUAUAUUGUUAAAGUUUAAUAAAUUGUGUUUUUAGUGAUGUUAACUGUAAAGCAGUUCCUAGUUUAAAAUUAUAUUGAAUAUUAAAGAGCAAUAAUUCUACCAAUGCAAUGAGUUGUAAGCCAUAAGAUUUAGUAAAUAAACAUUGUGCUGACUUA